UAAUGGUUCAAUAAAUAACCGUGUCUUGUUCAGUUCUAUAUAGAAGUACCCGCUCGUCUAUACAUAUGCCCAGAGUCCGUGUGGUAUUAAGAAUCUAUUUAAGCAUCCGCUAUGUGCUCAAUGUCCAAAAGGAAGGUGCCGUUUCCACGCCUAUCAUCCAUCGCUUCGUAGUACUCAUGCUGGCUCUAAUGCAUCUGUUGUGUUUUUCCCGCUCCAUAUUUGCAUAUACCAAAAUGACUGACAACAGAAACCAAAAGAAAAGAAAAUCAAAAUAAUGCCUGAGGCUAGCCCUUUCCAUGACCCACAUGCACAACAUCUGAGCGCUUGCAAUUUCGACUAAUGAUUGUAA